AUGGGCAGCGUCGAGCAGUGCCCUCUUCACUCCAAUGUCGCCGGUGGCGGCACCAAGAGCAAGGAUUGGUGGCCCAACAAGCUGCGCCUCGAUGUCCUGCGCAUGCACUCGGCCUCGUCAAACCCCAGUGACAAGGACUUUGACUAUGCCGAGGCCUUCAAGCAGCUUGACUAUGCUGCCCUGAAGAAGGACCUCCACACCCUCAUGACCGAUUCGCAGGACUGGUGGCCCGCUGAUUACGGCCACUAUGGCGGCCUGAUGAUCCGCAUGGCUUGGCACUCCGCCGGCACUUAUCGUGUCUUCGACGGCCGCGGCGGUGGAGGCGACGGCCAGCAGCGUUUCGAGCCCCUCAACAGCUGGCCUGACAACGGCAACCUUGACAAGUCCCGUCGCCUGCUCUGGCCCAUCAAGCAGAAGUACGGGAACAAGAUUUCCUGGGCCGACCUCAUACUGCUUGCCGGCAACGUCGCCCUCGAGUCCAUGGGGUUCAAGCCCUUUGGCUUUGCCGGCGGCCGCCCCGACACCUGGCAGGCCGACGAGUCCGUGUACUGGGGUAGCGAGACCAAUAUGUUCCCCGAGGGUAACGACACUCGUCACUCCAAGAUCCUCAAGGAGCUCAAGGCCAGCGGGACCUUGCAGGGCGACUGGUCCAAGGACACCGACAUUCACCACCGUGAGCUCGAGGAGCCCAUGGGAGCCACCCAUAUGGGUCUCAUCUAUGUCAACCCCGUCGGCCCCGACGGCAUCCCUGACCCCCUUGCCUCCGCCAGGGACAUCCGCACCACGUUCGGCCGUAUGGCCAUGAACGAUUACGAGACCGUUGCCCUUAUCGCCGGCGGGCACGCUUUUGGGAAGACCCACGGCGCCGCCCCUGACAGCAACUGUGGCCCCGCUCCCGCUGGUGCCGAGAUCAACGAGCAGGGCUUUGGCUGGAAGAGCAAGCACGGAUACGGCAGCGCCGGCGACGCCAUCACCUCCGGGCUCGAGGUCGUCUGGACCACCACCCCGACCAAGUGGAGCAACGGUUUCCUUACCUCUCUCUUUAACAACGAGUGGGAGAAGGAGAAGAGCCCUGGUGGCGCCUGGCAGUGGGUCGCCAAGGACGCUGAAGCUACCAUUCCCGAUCCCUUCGACCCCAACAAGAAGCGCAAGCCCACCAUGCUCACCAGCGAUCUCGCGUUGCGCGCCGACCCCGAGUACGAAAAGAUCUCGCGACACUUCCUCGAGAACCUCCCUGAGCUUGAGGACGCCUUCGCACGAGCCUGGUUCAAGCUUCUCCACCGUGAUAUGGGCCCUGUCUCCCGCUACCUCGGCCCCGAGGUCCCCAAGGAGGAGCUCAUCUGGCAAGACCCCGUGCCCAAGGUCGAGCACCCCUUGGUUGACGACAAGGACGUAGCCCAGCUCAAGAAGGACCUGCUGUCUGCUGGUGUCGCACCUGAUCGUCUUAUCGCCACCGCUUGGGGCGCUGCCUCAUCCUUCCGAAGCAGCGACAAGCGUGGUGGUGCCAACGGAGCACGAAUCCGCCUUGAGCCCCAGAAGAAUUGGGGUGCCAACAACCCACAGCAGCUGCAGCAGAUUCUCAGUGCCAUAGAGGGCGUGCAGCAGCAAUUCAACAGUUCCGCCCCGGGCGGUAAGAAGAUCUCCCUGGCCGAUGCGAUCGUCCUUGCUGGCACCGCCGCGGUUGAGAAGGGCGCAAGGGACGCUGGCCACAACGUCACGGUUCCUUUCACCCCGGGCCGUACAGACGCCUCGCAGGAGCAGACUGAGGUCGACUCCAUCGACUACCUCGAGCCCAAGGUGGACGGAUUCCGCAACUAUGGCAAAUCUUCUGCGCGUGUCAAGACCGAGGAGUACCUCGUCGACAAGGCUAAUCUCCUCAACCUGUCCCCACCCGAGCUUACCGUCCUCGUUGGCGGCCUGAGAGCUCUGAACGCGAACUGGGACGGCAAUUCCAACGGCGUCUUCACGAAGCGCCCGGGCCAGCUGACGAACGAUUUCUUCGUCAACCUGCUCGACAUGAGCACCACCUGGGUGGCCAAGGGCAACGACGGUGAGCUGUGGUCCGGAGUCGACCGCAAGACGGGUAGUGAGAGGUGGACGGCUACCCGCGCCGACUUGGUUUUCGGUUCUCACUCGGAACUUAGGGCCAUCGCCGAAGUUUACGGCAGCGCUGACGGAGAGGUAAAAUUGGUUCGAGAUUUCGUAGCAGCCUGGAACAAGGUCAUGCUGUUGGAUCGAUUUGAUGUCAAGGGAGGUCAGAAGGCCGGCGGUUCGGGCUAUAGACUAUAA